AUGUCGCCCAUGGACGAGCAGGAGGACGUGGUGGCUUUUGCGGGACAGGAUAACCCGUUAUCCAACUUUUUCCCCACGGAGCUGAAGAUUUUUGGGGCAACAUACUCGUCUGCCGAACAAGCUUUUCAACACGUGAAAGCAAUGCGUUCUGGUGAUCUCAACAAAGCGGAAUCCAUAAGUAAUGCAGAGACUGCUCUCGACGCAAAACGGAUUGGAAAUCAAAUCCUUGUCUCCGAUGCAUGGUUGGAUUCUCGGGAUGAAGUUAUGAGGGAGAUUUUGGAGUCCAAAAUCAAGCAGUGUGAAGAAAUCCGCGAGACGCUUGGUAAAAUCAAGAAAACCAACAUCUUGGCCGAGGCAACGUGGGACACAUACUGGGGAACAGGGCUAAACAAUGUAGGAACCAUUCAUACUGUUAUGCAGCGAUGCCCCGGUCAAAACAAGCUCGGACGCAUGCUAGACAAUCUGGCGAGACAGAUGCAGGUAAACAGAUCAAAUUCGAAGCAACGGAGCGGAACCAGAGCCAGCAACAAGUCUACGUCAGGAAAGUAA